GACAAUAGCAGCUACAUCUACAAUUACAAUUGUCUCACACUACAGGAGCAUACACGCAUUAGACGUUCAACGCACGCGCACAUUGACCUCCCACCAACCACCACCACAAACUCAGGACAUCCACUCUACCCCAACAGCAGCCCCACGCGACCUAAACACCUCAACCGGAUAUCAAUCUCGAGCCAAGCGAAUCGAGGGGAGGAAAGCCUGAGCUAUGCCUCCGCAAACAACAAGCACAAGCGCAUCCUCGUCCUCGACGUCGACGGCACGCGACCCAGAAAUCCAACCCAUCAUGCAAAACACAACAGCCUCUCCCCGAGCAGACUACCAAUCCAUAUCCCCCAGCAUCUCCGCGAAGCCAGAUCCCUCAGACCCCUCCUCCAGCGCUCCCUCCAACGCCCGCGAGACCUCAACCACAACAGCAAUAACCCCCCCAACCGAUCCCCACUCCCCGAUCCAACGCCGCACAACCUCAAAACAAUCGCCCUCCUCCCAACCCGCCUCCCCCUCAGCCCCAGAAACCGAAUCGUCGCAACAAACGAGCGUACAAGGGCGCUGGCACACGCUCUGGGAAAAAUACGGCAGCAUCGAGCUCGAGAACAAAGGCAGCGUCGCGCGCGACCACCUCGCUCUCGAACGCACGUUUCUAGCGUGGCUGCGCACUUCUCUAUCCUUCGCUUCCAUCGGCAUCGCGGUUACGCAGCUGUUCCGGCUGAAUACGUCGAUUGCGCAUCGUUCCUCCCCCUCUUUUUCUUCAGCAUCUGAGAGCGAGCAGAGGGAGAUUGAGAUCGAAGGUGUAAAUGCGAGGUUACGACAUGUAGGCAAACCUCUUGGCGCUACCUUCCUCUUCAUCUCGCUGCUGAUCCUGCUGAUUGGAUUCCAUCGCUUCUUCGAGGCGCAGCACUAUGUGAUUCGUGGCAAGUUCCCGGCGGGGAGGGGCAGUGUGGUGCUUGUUAGUCUUGUUGCCGGGGUGUUGGUCGCCGCGAGCUUCGUCGUGGUUGUUGUUAUUGGCGAGAGGGUUUUUGAGCGGUAG